GUUUUGUUUUUUUUUUUUUUUAAGACAGGUUCCCAUUAAGUAGUCCAAGCUGGCUUUUAACGUGCUAUAAUAGCUCACACUGUCAUUGAAUUCAUAAUCCUUUUACCUCAGCCUCCUGAGUGCUAGAAUUACAGGUGUGGUCCACCACAGCUGGACUUAACACAGAUUUUUAUUUUGUUUUUGUGGUACUGGGGAUUGAACCAAGGGCCUACUUUUUCAACUACAUUCUUAACCUCUUUUUAUUCUAAAGCAAAGCCUUGCUAAGUUGCCCAAUCUGGCCUUAGCCUCCCAGAGUACCAGGAGUGCACCACCUUGCCUGAUCCUUGAUUUUUUUUUUUUUUUUUUUUAAAGUGUUGAUUUGACAAGGUCACUGAACACAUGCUUAUCACCCCAGCAGUCAGGAGACUGAGACAGGAGGACUUUGAGUUUGACACUAGCCGGGUAACAUAAUGAAAUGUCUCAACAAAACAAAAUCGGAGUUCAAUCCCCAAGUCUCAAGAAACAUACUUCAGACUAUUUUGAGCUUGACAGUGAUAUGUGCCUACAGUCUUGGGUGCUUGGGAAGCUGAGGCAGAAGGCCACUUAGGCCAACAGUUCAGGUCCACUUGAGCAAAAUAGUAAGACACACCCCACCACCAUUGGUGUUUUUUUGUUUUUUUUUUUUAAGGCCUAUUUUGUUGGAGAAAGAAAUUAAAAUGCAGUUUAUUAAGAAGCUUUUUCUGUUUUCUUUUGUGGUGCUGGGCAUUGAACCCAGAGCUUCAUGUGUGCUAAGCAAGCAUUCUGCCACUGAGAAUUUCAGCUUGAAAAAUGAAAACCAGUCUCUUAAGAAGAAUAUUUCAGCACUUAUCAAAACUGCCAGAGUGGAAAUAAACCGCAAGGAUGAAGAAAUAAAUAAUCUUUACCAAAGGUUGUCUGAGUUUUCUCAUUUUCGAAAUAAUCAUAAAACUUCAAGGACAUCAGAUGCAGUUAGAGCAAAAGAUCUUAGAUCCAGAUCUCCACAUUUGGAUGAUUGUUCAAAGGCUGAUCACAGAGUUAAAAGUGAUGUUUCCAAAGAUGUACAUCAUAACACUUCACUGCCAAACCUGGAAAAGGAAGGAAAAUCACAUUCUGAGAAAAAGAACACUUCAUACUUGCCUUCAUCCAUUGAGAAACAUUGCACCAAUGGCAUUUGGUCACGUUCUCAUUACCAAAUUGGUGAAGGUAACUCAAAUGAGGAUAACAGAAGAGGGAGAAAAGAUAUUAGACAUAGCCAGUAUGGCAGAGGAAGUGAUAGAAUACGAAAAGAUUUAAGUAACAGCUUUGGUGAGGGUGAACCAAGAAACACAGAGACUAGUCCAAGGCUACCAGGACAUUCUGAGAAAUAUGGUAAAGGUGAAAAGACUGAAAGCAAAUACUCAAUGUUCAAAAGUAACACAGAUUUUGAUUAUAAAAGUGAACGUAGUAGCUCUUCUUGGGAAAAAGAGACCUCUCGAGACAGGUCACAUGUGCGAGGAGAGUUCCAAAAUGACAAAAAACUAGAAAGACAAAGUGAAAGAUUACAGAGUACAAUUAGAAAAGAAUCAAAGUCACAGGACAGAGAAGAAAGAAAACUUGAUCCAAAACUUAAACCAGUAAUGAAAGACCAAGAUCACUGGAGGAGAUCUGAACGAGCAUCAGUUUCCCAUUCUACGAAUGAGAUAAAAUCUCAUAGUUCCAGUAAAUACCAUCCAGAAGAGAGAAGAGGAAGGGAAGAUUGUAAAAGAGAUAGGAGCUUGAACUGUCAUAAUUUUCAAAUUGGAAGAUGUUCAUCUUCUUUUUCAAAUAGUAGAAAUCAUAAACACAUGGAAUUGAAGGAAGUUGGUGCUACACACCAAUGGGAAAAUACACCUUUAAAAACAGAAAGGCAUAGAAAUGAAGAUAAGAGGAAAAGAGAACGAGAAGACAAAGAAGAAAACAGGCAUAUGAGGAAUGACAAAAAAUCACCUGCAGAGCAUUUGCAAAAGACUAGUAAAGAAACAAAGAACACGGCUACUGAUUUAAAGGAACAGAAUGGGACAAAAACUGAUAAAGAUGAAGUCUCUAAUGAAGUUUCUGAAGGAAUGGAUAAUAAAGAAUUUGCAGUAAAAGCUGAGAAUGAUACUAAAGAAAUAAAAAAUAAAGACUUAAAAUUAAGUUUUAUGGAAAAAUUGAACUUAACUCUUUCUCCUGCUAAAAAGCAGCCUGUUUGUCAGGAUAAUCUAUGUAAAAUAACUGAAACUUCUAAAUCAAAUGACCUAUGUGGUUUAGAAUCCUUGGUACAGGCUGAAACAGUGAUAUGUGUGCCCUCUGUCAGUGAACAUAGUACUGAAAAAACUGUAUCAAAGUUACCAGAGCCAAAGGAUGCUCUUCCAGCAGCAUCUGAACUCAAAAAUAAUAGUCCAGAAAGCAACAAAAUAGAAGAAACUAGUUUUCUAGUUAAAUCUGUUGAGAAUACUAUUCCUUGUGGAGUGCCUGUUUGUGGUCCAGAGACUUCCUCCACUUCUAUAGAAACAAAACAAACAGAAUCCUUGUUUACAUCAGCAACAGAAAUGGGAAAUACCAUUGAUAGUACAACAGCAGCAGAUUUUGUAUUACAAACAGACUGUUCUCAAAACUUUAGCCUGGAAUUGGAUACCAAAAGACAUGAUGUUUUGAAAUCUUGUACCAUUUCUGAGAAUAUGGAAAUGAAGGGGGGUCAUUCAGCUAAAAUGACUGAAAUCAGUGAAAAUGUUCUGCAGCCUUUGGUUGAAGAAGCUAGCAUUUUGCCUCUAAACCUUUCAGAAAGUGAUAACCCCAAAUUUAAGCCUUCUCUUACAGAUACACCUCUGAGUGAAAAUAAGUCUUCUCAUUUGGAGUCCUGCAUAUCUAAAGAAGCUCUAGCAUCUUCACUUCAGCAGACUGAAUUAAUGAACCACAACAUGGAAACUGGAGAGACAAACUCAAUAUAUCAUGAUGAUGACAACUCAGUUUUAAGCAUUGACUUCAAUCAUCUGAGACCUAUUCCUGAAGCCAUCAGUCCUCUAAAUAGUCCAGUGAGACCUGUUGCAAAAGUUCUCCAAAUGGAAAGCCCGCCUCAAGUUGUAUUAUAUAAUAAAGGUGUACUGCCACCAGAUUCAGCUCAUUCAACUUCCAAGAGCCAAUCUGAUCUCAACAAAGAGAAUCAAAAGCCAGUUUGUAAAUUUGACAAGUGUACAGCAGCAGACUCACGUAAGAAUUUAUCUUUACAUGAAUUAGAAGAAGGAGAAAUUAUAACUGAUAGUGAAGACUCCAACGUACAAACAAGCUUGGAAAAAAGUUCCAAGCCUAAAUCUUCUGCAGUGCAGAACACAAAAACUAACCCAAGAAGUGGGAAAAAUACUGCUCAUUUGAAUAUAGAUCAUAGGAAAACAUACGUAAAACUGCACCAGACUAACACCAAAUGGCAUAAAAACCCAAGUGGAUCUAAGAGAUCUUCAAAAACAAAGAGAAAAGAUGAAACAAUGAGCACUUCCAGCUUGGAAAAAAUAGUUUCAAUUAUUGCUGUACCCUGCUCUAUAGGAGAGAUUAUGCAUAUGUUACAAAUGAUUAAAAAGCAUGUAAAGAAAAAUUACAUGAAAUUCAAGGUAAAGUUUUCAUUGUUACAAUUUCACAGGAUUAUUGAGUCAGCUAUUUUGAGUUUUACCUCACUAGUUAAACAUCUUGACUUAUCCAAGAUCUCUAAGUCAGUAACUACUUUACAGAAGAAUCUCUGUGAUUUUAUAGAAUCCAAACUUAAGGAAGUUAAGAAGAAUGGCAUAGUUGACCGCUUAUUUGAACAGCAACUACCAGAUAUGAAAAAAAAAUUGUGGAAGUUUGUAGAUGAACAACUUGAUUAUUUGUUGGCAAAGCUUAAGAAAAUCUUAGUAAAGUUCAGUGAUUCUAUAAACUUUGGAAGUGACAGUGAUGAAGAAAAACUUGCAAAAUUAAAAAAUAACAAAGUACAAUGUUCAAAUAGGCGAAAGGGAAAUCUGGACAGCUCCAACAAAGAACUGUUAAGAGAAAAAUUACCAAAAUCAGAAAACUCUGUAAACUGCAAGUCUUUAUCAGGAUGUAAAAAAACUGAGGAAAAACAUCAAGACCAAAAUAACUCCAGUAUUAACAUAGCAAAACAUGACACAAAAAGAAAUUUUAAUACCUGCUUUGAUAAUACAAGGAACUCUCAAUCUGAUGCACACUCUUUGGAAAUAAACUGUCCAAAAGGCUCAAAGCCUGGAGAAAAUGAAGGCAACACAGUAGAGGAUUCACAGUUGCCCCAGCAUGCAUCUUUGAAGCCAGAACGUAGUUUUGAGAUUCUUACUGAACAGCAAACAUCAAGCCUCACUUUUAAUUUAGUGAGUGAUGCUCAGAUGGGUGAAAUAUUUAAAAGUUUAUUGCAAGGUUCUGAUCUUUUGGACAACAGUGUUAAUUGUACUGAUAAAUCUGAAUGGGAGUUAAAGACUCCAGAGAAACAGCUGCUAGAGAGUCUUAAAUGUGAAUCUAUACCAGCUUGUGCAACAGAACUAGUUUCAGGGGUGACUUCUCCAUGCCCUAAAGUGACUAGUGAUGAUAAUUGGUCUUUACUAUCAUCUGAAAAAGGUCCAUCUCUACCUUCAGGGCUUUCUUUGCCAGUUCAUCCUGAUGUUUUAGAUGAAAAUUGUAUGUUUGAGGUAUCUACUAACCUAGCUCUAAAUAAAGAUAACAUGUCUAAUUCAGAAAAGAGCAAGCCCUGCAUUUCUUCCAUACUUAUUGAAGAUCUUGCUGUCUCUUUAACUGUACCUUCACCUCUGAAGUCAGAUGGUCAUCUCAGUUUCUUAAAACCUGAAGUUUUGUCUAGUUCAACUCCUGAAGAAGUUAUUAGUGCACAUUUCAGUGAAGAUGCCUUACUUGAAGAAGAGGAUGCAUCUGAACAAGAUAUUCAUUUAGCUCUGGAGUCUGAUAAUUCAAGCAGUAAAUCAAGUUGUUCAUCAUGGACAAGCAGGUCUGUUGCUCCUGGUUUUCAGUACCACCCUAAUCUACCCAUGCAUGCUGUCAUAAUGGAAAAGUCCAAUGAUCAUUUCAUUGUCAAAAUACGGCGUGCAGCUCCAUCUACCUCACCUGUUCUCAAACAGAGUAAGGUAGCUGAUGAGUCAUUGGCAUUUUUACCUAAAGAAGAAAAGGAAACUGAUGAUGUAGCGAAGAAAAAUAUUUCAUGUGAAAACACAGGUUUUAAGUCUGCAGGGGAGUUGGAAAAUUGCAACAAAAAUACUGAUACCAGUAAAUCACUUAAUGAAGAACAGAACUCUAUGAUACAAACACAGGUUCCUGAUAUAUAUGAAUUUCUUAAGGAUGCUUCAGGUAAAGUCAGUCAUGAUGAAGUGUCUGGCGAUUGUUUCAAGUUGCAUCAAGAAUGGGAAUCCAAAGUAUCUGAAAACAUUGAAGAAUUGCCUUCAAUAGAAGAAAUUCAACAUUCUGUUGAGGAUCAUCUUCCAAACACAUUAAUAGAUUUAACAAAAGAUCCAAUCACUGAGACAAAAAGUUUGGGGGAAUUCAUAGAAGUAACAGUUUUAAAUAUUGAUCAAUUGGGAAGUUCCGAAAACAACUUAGAUCAAAAUACUCAAAUAUUAAAUAAUUCUUUGCAGCCUGAAACUGUAGAUGCUUUUAUUGAUUUGACACAGGAUGCUUCAAGCAAGUGUAAAAAUGAAGGUAACCAUCCUGUGUUAGCAGUAGAAGGCUUGGAGUGUCAGGUGAUAUGUGUAGAUGAAGAUAACUGUAAGGAAAAGGUGGAAAUGGCAGACAGGCCUUUGGAAUACAUUGUUGAAGAAACCUGUAUAGAUUUGACUACAGAAUCUCCUGAUUUAUGUAAAGUAAAAGAAGAUUUAAAAUCAGAACCAGCAUCAAAUUCUGAUGGUUCAGAGUUGCCUGGGGCUUUAGCUAAUGUUCAUAAGAAAAGAAAAAAUUCUUGUGAGCUAAAUCAUUUUUCUCAGAAAAAACAAAGAAAGGAAUCAGACUUAACCAGUGUGGAAAAGACUGAGAAACUCAUCCAAGAUUCUGGUGAAGAUAGUGAAGCUCAUCAAAAGAAAGCCAAUAAGAAAAGGGCAGUGACUAAAGAUUCUUCAUCUUUGACAAGCCCAGAGACUAAGAAUUCACCAGCAGUACUCAUCACUUCUCCUACAAGUCUUUAUGCAAAGAAUGUUAUUAAAAAGAAGGGAGAAAUCACAAUUUUAUGGACAAGAAAUGAUGACCGGGAAAUUUUACUAGAAUGUCAGAAAAGAAGGCCGUCACUGAAAACGUUCACACAGUUAGCUGUCAAGUUAAAUAAAAAUCCAAAUCAGGUUUCAGAAAGAUUUCAGCAGCUAAAGAAGCUCUUUGAAAAGUCAAAAUCCAGGUAGCUAAUGGUCACACUACAGAAGACUAGUAUAGUAAAUGCUUGACACAUCAUACAUCAUUUUGCAGCUGGUGGCCCAUUAAUCGUUGCAGAUGUGGGCAGAGGGUAAGGGUGCAGCCUCCGGUAGAGCUCCUGUUUCAGUCACAGGUUGGGACGCUUGUAGGCACCUCAGGUUCCAGCAUGUGUAGGGCCAUAUUCAUGAAGCCUGCUGCAGACCAGCAUGGCGUCUCUCUUCAGCUUUCUGAUCGCUGAUAAGUCCAAGGUGAAGGAUAUCCAUUUGAUUACUAAUAAAUAUUUUACAGAUAAGAAUAAAAGAAAAAUAUUCGUGAGUAGCAAUGUGUUUUAUAACCAGUGAAGUCUGUGGUCAUUAUAAUUUAAUAUUUCUCACAUUUUUAUCAGGUGUGUUUAAAAAAUAUAUGACAUGUAUGAAGUCCAUUGUCAUCUAAAUAGAUGACAGCAUUACAAUAUUAAGUUAUUGAUACUAUUCACAGACAUGCUUCCUCAGUUUCUUUAAGCCAUUCUUGCAUAGUUUUAUUAAAGCAAUAGUAUUUAAAUUUAUCAGCAAGUGUUUUAUGUCAGACCUCAAUGAAAUGAUGGUUUUGGAUUUGUAAGGAAAAAAAAUAUAAUGAUAUGAACAUUUGGUGUAUUUUUCAUGGGUUUGUAGUCAAAAUUAUUUGAAUGCUAAACAUCUGAUUUCAAGUCAAGGUCAUGUUAAACCCAAAUAGAAGCUAUUUGAGGGUUUUUGUUUUUGUAUUUUUGGGGGGUGAUACCAUGAAUUGAACUUAGGACCUUGCACUUGCCAGGCAGGCACUGUGCCUCUGAGUUGUAUUCCUACCCCAAACAGAAGCUGUUUGGACACAGAUUAAUCUUUGUUUCUACCUCCAUGUGAAUUACUGUCUAGAUAAUAUUAAAGCAACUGGUUUGCUGAUGAGAUCUUCAAAAGAUGUUUGCUAGUUUACUGUGAAUUUGUAUCACAGUAUUUCUGUUAAAUAAUGGAAAAUUUGGAAAAUAAGCUUAGUGCAAGCCUAAAGAACUUUAAAAGAAUACAGCACUAGACAUAAGUGGGUUGGUUAGUUUUUAGGUUAUAUUUGCAUUAAGAUUUUGCUGCCUUUGGGGGCUGGUGAUUUAACUCAGCGGCGUAAGUGCCUGCCUUGCAAGCAGGCAGUUGUGAGUUCGAUCCCCGGUACCAAAGAAAAAGACAAAAAAAAAAAAAAAAAAAAAAAAAACGAUUUUGCUGCCUUUAAAAAACUAACCUCAAUUUGUUUACUUUACCAUUACCUAAAAAUAUGAUUUCUGUUCUCUUGUGAAGAGAAUGUAAUUUCAUAAAAGAAUCAACUUGACUCUGAAAAUGAUGCUAAAAUUUCAAAUUCCAUUAUAUAUCUAAAAUCUUUGAAAAGUUUAAAAUGUUUCAACUAAUUUGAUAUUUAAGGUGUGGGAUUGUAAUGAGAGUACAUGUAGAGAUUUAUUUCACUCCUCACUGUCUCUUAACUGAUUUUAUUUUCCCCUAAGUAUUAUGGUUUCAUUAAAUUCUUAGCAAAAUUGGAGUAUAACAAUGGUUAUAAGAUUCUGUAAAAGCUAGAUUUUUUAAAACUAGUAAUAUCUAAGUCAAACUCAUACAAAAAGUAACAGUUAAGCAGCUGGGUUUGGUGGCUCGUGCCUAUAAUUCCAACACUUGGGAGGCUGAAACAAGAGGAUCACCAUGAGUUCAAGGGCAUGCUAGGCUACUUAGUUCAAGGCCAGUCUGAAUGACAUAGUAAGAUCCUGUCUCAAAAAAACAUAAAAAGGUGUCACUUAUAAAAAUGGUUAUACCAGAAAAAUAGAAUCAUAACUUUAGCAUUUUCUUACAUUACAGAUAAGUGGCUGAAUUCCUUGGAGUUUUAAUUGAUAUUUCAUACUACAGAGAAGCUUCAAAUUCCUCAUGUUUUAAAUGGGGAACUAGAGGGAGGUUUUAUUAAAUUUUUGAUUGUUAGAUGAUAACCAACCUACAUUUGUUAUUUUUAAAUCGCAAAUCAAUAUAUUCAGUUUAUUCCAGUCACCAGUCUGAUUUGCUUACCUGUUAUUGGUCAAAAUAUUUAUUUUUAAACAUUAAAAAUUAUUACCAAAAUGAAAGCAACAAUGGCAUAGUAUUGAAACCUUAGUUUUGAUAUUUCAAAGAAAUAACUUUCUCUAGAUUUUUAAAAAACAGUUUUGUAGCAUUUUAAAUAAGUAUUUAGUUCAAGUUUUCAUUCAUUUUUAUGUUUUUAUAAUUGCCUCAUUUUGGUAAGUUGUAAAAUAAUUUAAAUAGCAUACUUGUAAAUAUGUAUAAUUAUAAUAAUGUAAAAUACUGUGUGUCUGUGUAUACACACAAAUGGAUUUACAAGGUUUUUUUUAUAAUCUAUAUAAAACUUUGUAUAGUUUGCUUUCGAUAAUGGUAAUGUAUAAUAAAAACCAUGUUGAAUUCUGUUACAUUUGAUUAAAAUGUUUCUUUUAGUGUGUUUAUUGAUAAUUAAAAUGAGAUAAAACUCCCUGGGAACACAGGA